AUGAAGCUGAUCGUUUUUUGCCUUUUCACAGUCUACUGUUGCUCUUUGGUCAAGGCAUCUACUAUGGAGCGCAAAAAACUACAAGAAGUCCUUAGAGAGCUGAAAAUGCUCAAACGCGACCUUCCGAACACAGAACUAAUGAUGAAUACUCCACCAAAGGAUAUUGAGGACUGCUGUUGUCUGACAGCCUUAACUUGCUUUCGGGAGACUCUGCUUGAACAUUUUGGCAUAAGUGGAAAAUAUCAGAAAAAACUUUACAAGAGUCUUAAUCAUACCCUUACUAUCAGUGGACUGAACUUUUGUAACACAGAAACUUCUACGACCAACUGCUCAACCUGCCACUCACAUCCUAAGGAAAAAGCAUCAGAGUUUUUCAACAGACUGGAGUCUCUGGUUCAAAGGGGUCUAAGCAGAAUCAACUGAGAUGAGCUGAAGAUCCAUUAGCAACUUUAGAGAAGACACUACUUUGUAAAGGGCCAAGCACGUCAAAGAUUGCGUCUUACAG